AUGUUCUCCCGUCUCGGAGGUCUCCUAACCGGGUUGUCGAGCACAAUUAGUUGCUCGCUGAGAGCCACCACUUCAACACUGCUCCCAUCAUCAGCUGCACAGUCUUUUUCGACAAGUUUUCCGGCAUGGCGCAAUAAUUUUUUGCAGUUCAUCCACUACCGGAACGGACCGCCAAAGCGGCGUGCGCGCAGUAAGGACAAGAGUCCGAUCAGUGGAUACAGCCAUUUCAAGGGAAUCGUGCUGAAAACUGUAAUUCGUCACCCGAAAAAGCCAAAUUCCGGAAAUCGAAAAUGCGCAAUUGUGAGACUAUCGACAGGAGCGGAAGUUUGUGCCUAUAUUCCCAACGUUGGACACAAUUUACAAGAGCAUUCACAAGUACUGGUUAAAGGAGGACGUCGACGAGACUUGAUUUCGGUCAAAGCCAACAUUGUGAGAGGAAAAUUCGAUUGCGCGCCAGCUGGAGGACGGAAAUAA